CUGCCCCGAAGACGGGACCUUUGAGUGACAACAUCGGUGAAUGACCGUGUCGCCCCUCGCGUCCUUCGGCUGGGGUUCGCCAGGCGCUGCCUGCGUCUGAGUAGCGCAUGACUGCGCCGGCGGACUUGCCUCUCCCCGCGGGUCUCCACCUGCCCCAGCCGGCGCCGCCUUUGCACCAUGUGUUCCUGGGUGGCUCUGACCUGUUUGCUUGGGGUUAGCCGAUGAACUGCAUAUGCCGUCUCUCCCCGAAAUGAUGUUUGGAGACAACGUUUUAAGAAUUCAGCACGGUUCUGGCUUCGGGAUUGAGUUCAACGCUACGGAUGCGCUGAGAUGCGUGAACAACUACCAAGGCAUGCUGAAGGUGGCCUGCGCCGAGGCGUGGCAGGAGAGCAGGACGGAGGGCGAACACUCCAAGGAGGUUGUUAAACCAUACGAUUGGACCUAUACGACAGAUUAUAAGGGUACAUUACUUGGAGAAUCACUCAAGUUAAAGGUUGUACCUACAACAGACCAUAUAGAUACCGAGAAAUUGAAAGCCAGAGAACAAAUUAAGUUUUUUGAAGAAGUUCUCCUGUUUGAGGAUGAACUUCAUGAUCAUGGAGUUUCAAGCUUAAGUGUGAAAAUUAGAGUAAUGCCGUCUAGCUUUUUCCUGCUGUUGCGGUUUUUCUUGAGAAUUGAUGGCGUGCUUAUCAGAAUGAACGACACAAGACUUUACCACGAGGCCGACAAGACCUACAUGUUACGAGAAUAUACAUCACGAGAGAGCAAGAUUGCUAAUUUAAUGCAUGUUUCACCUUCCCUCUUCACGGAACCUAAUGAAAUAUCCCAGUAUUUACCAAUAAAGGAGACAGUUUGUGAGAAGCUAAUAUUUCCAGAAAGAAUUGAUCAUAACCCCGCAGACUCACAAGAAAAUACAGCUGUGGAGUAGCAUGUGACGUGCCAUACAGUCACCAUAGAAUCUGACUGGGGACCUUGGCUAUUUGGACGGGGGUAUUUUUAUUAUGAGAAUUAAUUGCCUUGUCAAUGUGCAGAUUUUCUGUAGCCUUAAAGGAAAAAAAAAUAAAAGACUAUCGCAGGCAGGCUCCACUCAGCCGCCGUGUGUGUAC